UUUAUUUUUCAACAAUUAUACAUAUAUAUAUAUAUAUAUAUUAUUUUCUUGGAAUAAUUCCUGAUGAGUCCCUGUAGUAGACAAAUCUUUAGCUUCAUGAACCUAUUUACAAGAUUAUAUUUUAUUUGAUCAAAAGUUAUUUUAGAUUGCAUAUGCUAUGGUUAUCAAAAGAUAUAACUUGAAAAACCCUAUCUUUUGAACUCUGGGUAAUACCACGUUUAUCUUUAUGUUUGCAAUUUUACUAGAUUUUUCUGUUGUGGUUAUCUUGUUUUACAAUGUAGUUCAAUUCAAUAGUCAAUACCCAGAAAUUAGGCACUAGUAUAUUGUUUCUGCAAAGGAAUGUCAUUGUUUUGCAUUUGGUUUGGUUCUUUCUUUUUUACCAAUCAAUUUUAAGUUAGCAUGCUUUGUUGAAUUGCAAUUAAUUUGAAUUAUAUUUUGUCCAUUUAUUUUAUUUUAUUUUGCACUUUCAUAUUCCAUCUCAUUGAAUCAUUGAAUACUGUCAAGCAAUGCUCCUUCUUGUUUGGUUUAUUGAUCUGUCUUGAUUAUCUUUCGUGGAAAAAAGUGUUUUUAGGCCUUCUCGUUUGAGCAGCUCGGCUUUUCAAAUCAAGCUAUUGCCAGUUUUUAUUUAAAAAGUCCUAUAGAAGUAGACUAACUGAAGUUUAGAGCAAGUCUCGUUCUGAGUUUUGUUGUCUGAGUCUGAAUUAGUAGUAUAUUUUUGUCUUUCCUUAAAUAGACUAACUUUUUAUUAGAAGAUAUAUAGUUCAUCGACUACAUUCAAUAAUCAUUAUGUUAUUCCCACAUUGACAUGUUAUGAAUUUUGUUUGACUAACUAUAUUAUCAUAAGGUUCUCAUAAGCUAACAUUCACCUGAAGAUCAACCAUAGAGUGAUGCUGUCAGGAGGAAAGCUUUUGUAGUCCUUUUCUUUGCACAAGUUAGAAUUUAACAAAAUAAGAAAAAAGAAUGCAAAUAAUGAAACACCCUUGGUCUAUCGCAAAAUUCUUAAGAUGUUCUCCAUUUUCUGAUAUAUUGGAUAAUUGGUCUCUGCUUAGAGAUCCCUCUGCACAUAUUUUUCUGCUUGAGCAUGUUAUUUGUGCUUUAUACGUGUUUGAAAUAACAAAUCAAAUAAUCUAGAUGGAGAUUCUAGGAUUUUGGAUUUCUUAACAUUACAACAUUCAUUUUACAUAAUUAGAUUCUGAACUUCUCCCUGUUUUAACUGUGGCCUAUCACUUAACAUGGUUUGGAAUUUAUUGACCUAACAUUGUGAUUGUGCGCACAAUCACACAUGGGAUGCAUCCGGAAGUUGCUUUAGUGUUGAGAGGAAUGAGGGGACCUUUGAUUUUCAUGUUAAUUACAUUCUCAUUCAAUCUAUGUCUUAUAAAAGUUUUGGCAUCCAUUUCUAGUCCAACCAGUUAGGGGCCACCUGUCCGAUAGUGCCAGAAAAGUUUUUAGAGUUCCGGAUUACUACGAUUGUUUGAGGGUGGGGUAGGCUUUUUGUAGAGAUCAUUUAAGUUGUAGUGAUUCCUCUUUUACCUCCCAAAAGACUUUGGUGCUUUAUUUUUUUAUAGUAGAGUAUUGGUUAAAAAAAGUAAUACUAAUACCCUACUUCCCUCAAAUGUUAUUGUUUAACAUUUUUAUGACCAUAUUUUGGAAGGAAUUUAUUUCUUCUUUCUUAAGUUAUUAUACCUAGAUCUUUUGUUUGUUUGUUUCUUUUUUGGUUGCUGAAAAUCCUAUUUAUUACCAGUCAUAAGCUUUGCAUUGUGGUCAAUUAAUGUAUGCAUUUUCUAUUCCUUUUUUUUUACUUGGAAAAUAUUUCCUCAUUUUCUCAUAUGAGAUAUCAUGCAGUGUUCACAAGCACGCAUAAUUUGGCAUUAGAAUCCUGGCACAACUUUGCUUAGUCUUCCAAAGGUGUUAGCUAUUUGUUGAUCUAAGUUGUCUGUCUACACGUGUUUUUGUUUUUUUUUGUUUUUUGUUUGGUUCAUGGGCUCCAUUUCUUUCAGAUAGGACAUGAUUGUACAGUGAAAACAUCAAGCAUCAGUAUUAAAACAUAUUAAGUAAUGUUUUUUUGCCGCCUGUGUGGCUGACUUUAUUCAGCACUUGCUGUAUAGAGUUGUUUCAGAAAUUCUUUUUAUGACCACUUCAGAUUCACAGUAAUAAGCAGUUAAAUUGCCAUUUUAAUUUGCUAUCAAAGUAGUAAAUUGAAAUUUCAACAAUAUCUUGCAUGUAGUUCUAAAAAGUUUUCUGGCAUACGGUUUAUCCAUAUUUUGUUGUAUUAAACAUUUCAUGUUCUGAAAGUUACUUACAAUAAGAAAGGUGACCAUACGCAUAGGCAACUGGUAUUUUCUUCUUUCAAUCGUUUUUUUUCUAUACUUACAAUGAAUUUUUUUUAAUUUUUUAUGUUCAAUAUUAAAUUUUCACUGUGUUAGAGAAAAGGAACUUCUAAAAAUUUGAUAAUUUUAUCUCCUUAUCAAAAAACUGAAAGCAAUUGAAGCAAUUGCCUGACGGGUUUUCCUGACUUGGGCAAUCAAACAGAUCAUUUUGUAAUGACGGAUUAUCUAUACAAGAAAAGAAAGUUAAAAAUACAGCCUACUGUUGAUCUGGUUCCCAGAUUACUUGGCCCAUUUGUCUCCUGCAUGAGUUUGAUAGAAUAGACGAUGUAUGCCCUUGUGGUCACCAUGGUCUUAUGGUCACUGUAAACUACCAAUUAUGUCAUUUUGCCCCUGUAAGAGUAUAUAAGUUUUUAAUCCUUCUUUAUUCAAACACAUUAAUAGUUGCUAAUGGAAACCUUACAACCGCUAGCUGUUGAAAGUUUUUCCUAUAGUUGGUUAUCUGACCAUAAACCCUCCUUAGAUGGCCUUGAUGAGCGCCCCAGAGCAUCUAUUGACAAUUAUUUCGGGGGUACCUCAGAAGAAUUCAACUAUGAGAUGGUGGAGUCAAAUAAUUUUGCGACAGACCAGAACUUUAGUUUUGAUGCUAUUGCUCAAACUCCUGCAGCUUUUAUUCAUGCCGAUGAGCUUUUUACCAAUGGCUUCAUCAGACCUAUUUAUAUCGAUCCUUCAAAGAGAGAGUCAUGCAAUACCUUGGAUUCCGUCCAAGACAAACUUAGCUCUUCCUUUUCUUCAAGAGCUGAAAUUCCAACAGGGAUGAUUCAUUGCGUCUUUCUUGGAAGGUGGAGAAAAUCAACAAAGCAAAUCUUGAGAAAUCUUUUUGGACAUCUCGGAUCUUUCUGCCAUAAGGUAGGGUGCUCGAGAAAAAGUACGAGGGUUGAUGAUAUUGACAGGAGGACAUGGAAAGUUAAGAGCUGGAACAGUUCACCACAAGCAUCUCCACAACAGAGAACAGCUUGUUCAAUGGGUGCUUCAUGUCAUCUUGAGAACUCAAUUUAUGAGGCUGUUCUCCACUGCAAAAGAUCGAUAGAAAAAUGAUUCAUGCUUAGAUGAGGAAAAGAUAACAGUUGAAGAAAGAAGAGAACUUCUAGAAAUGCGUGGCAGUCGAUCAUGUGUCAACUUGUUAUUGUCUCAUUUCUCUUUCUUCUUUCUUCUUAGAUGUUUAUACAUGAUGUCUUUAAAACAAAGGAGAAGUUUUUUAAACAAAGAUAAAAGCAGAAGGUUUUUUUUUUAAUGAUUCCUCAUAUUGUCUGAAUUAAACUAAUAUCAGAAAGUAAGUCUUUGUCAUCUUGCAAUGAUAUGGAUUUCCAUUCCGCCGUCUUCUCCUUUCCUUCUUUCCAGCUUCUCAGUAAUGUAAAUGAAAACUUUUAGCUAGAGCUUUCAUGAUAGACUGCUUACAGGUUACAUCCAUAGAAUCACAGAUUUACAGGAGUAAACCUCCAGGAACCUGAUGGUUGAUAUUUCUGGUUAACAUGGCCUGCAAGGCAAAACAGGAUGUACGACCAUGACAAAAGUUUGGUGCUUAUGAAAAUAACGGGCCAAUUUUUAUAGUUGGUAUAGAAAUAAUUCAAAGGGCCGACCCAAGGUCUUUAUUUUCUCUCUUUGUUCUUCACUGCGUGUUUUUUGUGGGCAAAUUUCUGCUCUGCUCUCGUGCGUGUGAAGCCCCUGUCGUUUGCGCUUUUGGGAGACAGGAUAUUGACGUCUCACAUGGUAAUAUUUUAAGCCCCCGACUUGGAGUGGCCGUCAAACUAAAAAUAUUUGAAUGUCCGGCAAAUUAUAGCUUUCUAUUUCCAGACCUUGCAAUUCUCAUCAUGGCUUCAGCCGCCAUCUAUUCUCUUGCAGCGAAUGAAUUGAGUACUAUAAUGCUAAAUUUGCCUCCCUUUUUGAGAAG